CUGGUACCAACGGUACAUCAGGAUCGCGUGUGCCCUUGUAACAUAAUAAAUAAACGCAAACAAAUAGAAUUGUAUCUUAUUUACCCAAAUAAGCUCAAACCGCAGUCUUCGGCAUUAUUUCCCAGGUUUGGUUUCGUUUAGUCAAAUUACUUUGCAGGUGAAAACGUAAUAUCGAUUGGGAGUGUAGGCAGGUGUAUUUGUGUAACGUGAACGCACGCUAAGCUGCAUAACGAAUGAAUCAUGUCUUUGCCGUUCUCUACGGAAGAAUAUUAUGAGAAAGUUAUCCAACUUCAGGACAAGCUUCGCCAAAGUGAGGAAGAGCGCUUAAAGUUAGAAAUGAAGUACAAUGAGGUGAUACAAGUGAUGAAGGAGGAAGAAGAACACCACUUCAAAAAGUUGCGAGCGAAGUACAAACAAUUUUUGGAAGAAGAUAGACUGAGGCAGCAAAGGAACGAUAAAAUUUUAGACGCUUUGGAACGAAUCGAAAACCGCUCUCAAAUUUGGAAAGCAAAAAGUGACAAAUUUAAAGAACUUAAAAAACGAUACCGUUAUCCAAUGGGACCACAAACGUGCUUGUACGAUCGAGAAGAAACGGCGAUCCGUCCUGAUAUACGAAACAGUGCCGUCGAUAAUUACUUGAAGAAUAAUAUGACUACAAUACCAAAUGAAGUUGUGCAACCUCCCCCGGAAAGCAAGUAUUCCAACUUGGGCAAUGUAAAUUCAAUGUACUGGAAGGAUUCAAAAGACAUCGAAAAGAAUGACGAGAAAAUCUGCACGGAGCGUGAUUUUUGCUACACACCUCUUAAAAGCACUAAGAAUUUGGAAAACUCUUUAAAACAAAGUAAACCGCCAUUACUUUCGUAUGACUAUUUAGAACUAGGUGAUCAACUGUCUCACAAAACUCCACUUGCUACCACUCUGGAGGUACAUAGUUCAUUACGGAGAUUGUUAAAGGAUGAUACACCUCCUACUGAAAAGUCGUUGGAUUAUCAGCCGCUCCAAAGAGAGAUCAGACCCGUUCCAUUAAUUAGCGAUACAAAAACCGUUCUAACAACAAAUAAAGAUAACCCACAACCCAGUGAGAUUUCACAGGUGGAUCAACAUAAGCCGCUAGAAAUAGAAAUAGUAAAAGCACCUAUUACGAUCAAACCGGUUUUCUCAAAUAGUGACACGACAUCCGUUCCAGAAAAUAAUAAUAAAGCUAUGCAUUCAAGAAUUACUCCAUCAGUAGUGUCCACAUCCAGAACACUACAUUCUUCGGGAGUUUCUGAACCUACCCACACUACAUCCAUUCUAGAAAAUAAUAGUACUAUGCAUUCAAGAAUUACGCCAUCAGCAGUUACCACCUCCAGCAAACCACAUUCUUCGGGAGUUUAUGAACCUACCUACAUCCAAUCGCCGGAUAUGAAGAAAACCGAGGCAGUGGUGGAACCGUUCAAAGAAGACGUAGAUAUUCCUCCUGUUGUAACUGAAUCUCUGGGAUACGAUGAGAGUCAGAGAAAUAUUGACACAUCUGCAUCUAGCACAGUAGAACAUGAAGUAGUGAAAGAAAAAGAAACCACCCAUCAAGAAGGAAAUGAAAAGGAAGAACAAUUGAGCACUGUUGACAGUGAGCCACAAGAAAGUAUGAUGCCACAAGGAAAGGAAGUCGAUGACGAAGUACAAUCACUACACCCGCAAGUGGAAGAAAAGCCAGUGGUAGAAGAUCAUACAGACAGUCGUAAUGACAGCGAAAUUGAAAUCUUAAAACACGACAAUGAAAAGCCUGAGACUUCACAUCAAAAGGAAAACGGGCAAGUUUUAGAACAAUACAAUGGAAACGAUCAGCCGUUGCAGUACAAUGAAAACGCAAACGAGCAAAUUGCACUUCAAUACGACGAAAACGGACAGCCACUGCACUAUGAUGAAAGUAUUCAGCAGUAUGAUGCAAAUGGACAACCUAUACAGUAUUAUUCCGGCAGCGCUACUGAUCCUCAAUACUACGAUCAAACUGGACAAUACGCACAAUACGAUGAGCAUGGACAACUUCUGCAAUACGACGAACAGGGGCAGCUUCUGCAACAGUACGAUGAAAACGGCCAGCCUAUUCACCACUACUAUAACAAUGGCUUACAGUACGAUGAACACGGCCAGCCGAUACUUCAGUAUGACGAAAACGGUCAACCCAUAAUGCAGUAUGACGAAAACGGUCAACCCAUAAUGCAGUAUGAUGAAAAUGGCCAGCCGAUCGGUCUUUACGACGUGAAUGGGCAAUAUGACGAAAAUGGUCAGUUGAUAGGGUACAGCACAGAUGGUCAGGCUUUCGUUGAUUACAACGAAAAUUCACCACAGCAGCUUGAUGAGAACGGGUUACAGCAGUCACAGCUGCAGGUGGAACCAAAUCAAGGUGAUUAUACGCCACAAGAAAAAAAUAAGGAGGAAGAUGCUCAGCCGCAGGGAGGCGUAGAAACUGACAGUCCACCAGCUGUGGCUAACUAAAAACACUCACUGUUAUUGAAUAAUAAUUAUUAAAGAAAUGCUUCCGCCCAAUAAACGCGAACUACUGUAAAGAAAUAAUAACCAUAGCAUUUGCUGGAUGUGGUUUGAAUUAGGUACUAAGUUUGAGAUGCAAUAUAAUUCUGUAAUUUUUAAUAGCUAUUUAUUAUGUUAACAUAUGUUACAAGUAUACAAGCCACAAACGUAUAGUAAGAGAUAAAGUCUGGAUUUAAACUUACAAUCGGUUUUUUUGUAAUUAUCUCAAUUCCAAAAAAUCUAUCCUUUGCAUUGUACAUGAUAUUUUCUUCAAUGUAUACAUAUGGGCUAUACUUUUAAAAAAACGGGUCAAAUGAUACUUAGUAUCACAUGGAAUAUGCCUGUUCUUACAUGAUCCCACAUAAGAUCAUGUAAACAAACACAUAUGGAAAUGGUAUUCGGAGCUACCCUUAAUUAAAAUUAAUGUAAUAUAAUUUUUAGCGCAUUUUCCAACGAAGGAUGCUUCUUAUAAACUGAAAUUGAAAUAGCAUGUCAAAAAUGGAUUGCACAUAUGUACAACUACGCUAACUUUCUUAUAGCUAUUUGUGAUGGGAUGUUUACGAAAUUUUAGCAGAAGUUGCAUCUCACAAAUGGGAAAUGCGUAUGAAAGUGGAAAUGCGCUUUUUGUAAAUCGUUAAGGAUUACUUGUUUAACUUGUUAAUAUACCUACUUAUUAUAGUUAUUGUAUCUUUUAGUGUAACGUUUCAUUUUUAAUAUAGGU